UUUCAAGAUCAUGAUUUUCAACUUGCUAUUUUGGAUUAUGCUGCUGACUAUUUAAAUUUAAAAGAUUACAAGUUAACUAAUCUAACAAAAGCACAAGGCAGAUUUGCUGCCAGUUCUCAUUCUAUUGCUGUUGAUUCUCAUGGUUGCUGA